UUUUACAUUUCUUGUUCAUCACAAUUGCUAUUCAUCUUACCCAAUUGCCUUUUUUUUAAGCUCCAUACAAAUACCUCGCGUUCAUCCUAACAUCGUUCGCCCCAUAGGAAUACACUUUGAGGGUAUACUCCUCCUCAAAAAAGAUGUCAGAACCAACAGCAACGACAAUAACAACUACAACAAAAGCAACACAGACGAAUCCCCUGACCUUUCGGACGACGGCAUUCAAUCAGCUUCAUAAAUUGAAAACGAGAAUGAAAGCAAUGAGGAAACGAUGGAUCUUAACUGAGAAGAAUGAAGCAUCAGUAUUGACCAGCGCCUUUACUCACCUUGGCACAAGCUAUCAGUACAUAAACCCUUCUCUUGGAACGAGCAAAUACAGAUCCUCUAAAUACCAACUUCGAUCCUAUCUGAAGGCUUUCAACAACCGACUGGCUGAAACAAUGCGCCCUGGACGCUAUAUGUGUGUUGACGAGUUAAUGGAUAAGUGGCUUAAAAACAGGAUGCCGAAGGUACCCAAAAAAUUUCACCCAAUUGGUCAAGAGUAUGAGAGAAUCAUGUCACUUACAUUAUCAUGGGCGUGGACAACUGUGGUGAUCAUAAAUCCAACACAGACCUUGACCAACGAAAGAUGGAUUUAUUAUAGUCAUUGCGAGGCAAUUGACUGA